AUGGCGGCCUGUAUCUUCUGUAAGAUCAUCAAAGGCGAUAUCCCCUCCUUCAAGCUCUUUGAGUCCGAGCGCGUAUUUGCUUUUCUGGAUAUCCAGCCUCUAGCCCAGGGACACGCUCUCGUGAUACCGAAGUACCAUGGCGCCAAGCUCCUCGAUAUUCCGGAUGAGCAAUUGGCGGAGGUGAUGCCUGUCGCAAAGCGUAUCGCCAAAGCCGUUGGGGCGGAAAAUUACAAUAUUCUGCAGAACAAUGGACGAUUGGCACACCAAAUCGUUGAUCAUGUCCAUUUCCAUGUAAUCCCGAAGCCAAACGAGAAGGAUGGACUAGGGAUUGGAUGGCCGGCACAAGAGACUGAUAUGGAGAAAUUGAAAGAAUAUUUCAAGGAAGUGAAGGCGAAGAUGUAA